AUGAACCCAGCGGGCUCAGACUCCACUCCUGUUACCCAGGAUCCAGUUCGAUCUGCCAUCCAAGCCCAAGCUGGCCCCCUUGACCUACCUGAGACUCUGGAUGAGCUCAUAGCACUGGCUAUCAAGAUUGACAGGCGGCUAAUAGAGCGGGAGCACGAGAAGUGUCGUAGGAUUCCUCAACAGUAUAGGGGGCCGUGUUUCUUACCAGCCCAGGGAGCAGCUAACUCUGAAGCCCCUGCCCCGUAUCCUAGAGAGGACGAGCCGAUGCAGCUAGGACGCACUCGUUUGACACCCGAAGAACGAGAGGAGCGUAUGAGGGAGGGGCGCUGCUACUACUGUGGGGGGUUUGGUCAUUUCUCAGCCACAUGCUCGGCAAAAGCUCGGGCUCGCCAGUGA